UAUUGCUGGGUGAGCGAUUCGGGCACGACGUCACACAUAUGCGCCGAAAAACGAACUGUGUGCCUGAAAUCACACAUGGAUGGCCACGCAACUAAAAUUAUACUACAUGAUGUUCUGCACAUGCCGUCGGCUUCUAAGAACCUGAUAUCGGUUUCUAAAUUAGAUGAAGCCGGAGGUCGUGCCAUAUAUGGAAAUGGGAAAGUCUGGCUUCUAAGUCCCGCCGGCAACACUUUAGCUGUGGGCACACUUCGCAAUCGACUUUAUUAUUUUGAUUGUGAGCCAAUAACAAAAGAAUGUGCUUACAUAAGCGAUGAACCAUGCGCACGAACGUGGGCUGAGUGGCAC